ACCAAACACUAUGUCAGCUACAAGACUUUUCUGGCCUGUGGAUUCGAAUCUGAAAGCUAAAUCGGAUUAAAUAAUAUCACAUUCAUUUGAUUAGCCUUACUGUUAAGAAGUAGAAACACAUGACACCAAGCAAAUCGUGCUUUUGUUAUCCACGAUUUCUGGAAGUCAUCAGCAACCAACGUUGAUAAAAAGCCAGAAGCAAACAAGGGAGAUUGCUUGAAGAUGGAAAUUUUCAUGACGAGCUUCGUUCUUUCCUCUAUUUUCGCAGUAGCUCUUACAGCAAUAUUGCUGUGGAAGGGAUCUAAAUCGGGUCAGAGGAAGCUAUUACCGUCCCCACGGAAGUUACCAAUAAUUGGACAUUUGCAUCAUCUGAGUGGUGCUCCACCCCAUCAUGCUCUCAGAACAUUAUCUCAGAAAUAUGGUCCUCUUAUUCACUUGUGGCUAGGAGAGAUUCCUGCAAUCGUUGUGUCGUCUCCACGAUUAGCCAGGGAGGUAACAAGAACUCAAGAUAUCGCUUUAGCGAACCGGCCUGAGUUUCUGGUAGGAAAAAUCCUGUGCUACAACUCUACAGAUAUUGCCUGUGCUCCAUACGGCGAGUAUUGGAGACAAAUACGCAAAAUCUGCACAUUGGAACUCCUCACUGCGAAAAAUGUCCGGGCAUAUGGCUCGAUUAGGCACGAAGAAGCUUUGAAUCUCAUCUCAUCUAUUAAAGCACUUGUUGGUCAUUCUGCAGCAAUUGACUUGACAGAGAAACUGGCAGAGUACACUAGUUCCACGGUGGUCAGAACAGCAUUUGGGAAAGUUAGCAAAGAUGAUCACAAUGCAUUCUUAGAGCUCGUCAGGGAAGCAACUCCACUUUCCAGCGCCUUUGAAAUUUCUGAUCUGUUUCCGUCUCUGAAAAUACUCCAUCCUUUCCUUUCCAUCAGGAGUAAAUUGAUGAAGAUCCAUUACAGGCUGGACAGACUGUUGGACAACAUUAUUGAUCAGUACGAAAAGUUAGGACAAACAAAAACAUCAAACGAAGAUCUGCUUGAUGUUUUAAUAAGAGUCAAGCACAACAAUGACCUUCAAGUUCCGAUUACAAGGGACAAUAUCAAAGCUAUUAUGCAUGAUAUUUUUACCGCAGGAACAGAAACUACCUCCUCGACACUGGAUUGGGCAAUGGUUGAGUUGAUUAGACAUCCUGAGGUGAUGGCCAAGCUCCAGAACGAGAUAAGAACAGUUUUUGGGGAAAAGGAGACAAUCGAAGAGGCUGACAUCCAAGAAAUAGGAUACUUAAAAUCAGUGGUUAAAGAAACUCUCAGGCUUCACCCGCCAGUCCCUUUAUUGGUUCCAAGAGAAAGCCGGGAACAGACCGAGAUUGAUGGUAAUAUCAUCCCUGCCAAAACCCGAGUAUUAGUUAAUGCCUGGGCGAUUGGAAGAGAUCCUCAGUAUUGGGAUGAUCAAGAAAGUUUUAAACCAGAGAGAUUUGAGGGCAGUGACAAAGAUUUCGCAGGAAAUCACUUCGAAUAUAUACCAUUUGGCGCGGGAAGAAGGAUGUGCCCGGGAAUGUCUUUUGGUCUCGCUAGUCUCUAUCUUCCAUUGGCUCUUUUCCUCCAUCACUUUAACUGGAAACUCCCAAACGGCGUCAACCCUGAGGAUUUAGACAUGGGAGAGAAUGUUAGCAUAGCUACAUCAAGAACAAAUCAUCUUCUCCUCAUCCCAUCAUUGCAUCAGCCAUUUCAAACCUCAGGCAGAUGAAGGUUGCGCUUUGAGAGCAAUUAAUAAUUCAAGCUAAUGGCUUUAUCAUUGCAAUAUUACUCAUCCUAGUUGAUAAAUGGCAUGAAAUGUGAGCAUUUCUUCUUUACUUUAUGUUUCUGCUCAGACAAAACAUGAUCAAUUCAUCCUUUAUUUAUCGAUCUAGCAUUCAUUAUAGAGUGAUCUUGUAAUGAAAACCAUGUUAGUAAAUAAAAAUGCUGAACACUAUUACACUAAAGUUAGGAUCGCACCGUGGUUUAUGCAAAAACUUGAAAGGCAAUAAAAGCAGUUAAGACCAUAUCAUAUCUCCCUAAAA